GGAACCACUAAUUAUGACGACAAUAACAACAAUGACAGCAGCAGCGAGGAAGACUCGUCGGAUUAUUAUCCGGGAGACGUCAAUGCAACAAUGAAUUCCGGCAAUAAUGGCUAUUUCAAUACCGGAAGAGCAACAACAGGACGCACCAACAACCGGAUGGGUCAAAUGCGAAGUUCGAGUAGAUCCGGAAGCAGAAGCGGAAGUUCGCGCGGGAAAAGUGGCAGCGGUCAAGAAAAUUCCAGCAACAACAACAACAACAAAAAUAAUCAAGGUGGCUCGAAAAACAACCAAGGUGGCGACACGGAUUCCAACAAUUCAAACAAUAGUGACAAAAAUCAACAAAAUGGAAACAACAAUGGCGGCAACAACAAUAACAGCAAUGGAAACAAAAACAAUCAAGGCAAUCAAGGAAACAACAGUAGCAGCAAUGGGAAUAACAAUCAGGGUAAUAAUGGAAGCAAAAAUGGCAAAAACAACCAAGGCAAUCAAGGAAACAACAGUAGCAGCAAUGGAAGCAACAACAACAACAACAACCAAGGAAACCAAGGAAAUAACAAGAAUAAUCAAGGCAAUAAUGGAAACAGCAACAAAAACAAUCAAGGCAAUAAUGGCGGAAACACUGAUUAUGAAGAAUACUCCACUGAUGACAGCAGUGAUGAAAAUGGCUCAGGUUCAGGAAAAAGUAACCCUGGUGGUUCCUCUUCAAACAAUGGAAGAUCAAAGGGUGGUAACAAUUCCAAAGGGAAAAAUGGCAACAGUAAUGGUUCUGGAGGUAAUAAAUCCGGUGGUGGCAGAGAAAAAUAUUCAAAAGUCAGUGGGAAAAGUGCUGCUAUGAGAGACAUGCAUCAGCAGAAACCAAAAUACAAAAUCAGAUUCCUCAAUGGCCAACCAAUUAGGUUUCCAGCACACUCUUCAGAGAGGAUGAUUGACUUUGAAAUGGAUGUCAGUGGAAUGCUGAAAUCCUGCAAGUCACUUCAGGAUAGCGGAAGUCCAGACGAAUGCCCCAUGAAGAAAAUGGGCAAAGUUCUUCAGUGCAUCAUCCGACAACCCAAGGGAUCCCUGAGGAGCAACCUGUUGUCAAAAGUGCAAUUAUUUGUCAGAUCAAUCCUGUUUGAUGAUGGAGAAGGAAGUUUGAACCCGGAUACGGACCCAGAAACAAUUGCGGAAAUCAAAGGCUUCAUCCAACGUUUGGUGUCCGGAAAUGGUCCAUUUUCAAUAAAUAUUUUCUCCGACCCUCAAAACGGAGGUCAUUUCACGUCUCGUUUGAGGGAAUGGAAGGACUUGUACGACGAAAGCCAAUCAAGCCCGAUCCAAAUAGAAUCUUUUUACGCUCUUUUUGAAUACCUUCAGCUUGGAAUUCGAGAUGAAAAAGCAUCAUUAGAUCCCUACGGACAAAGUGAUGCCAUUUUCUUGGCAGACUACGCAACUGGUUUGUUGGAUGAACUGAAAAUGGACCAAGAACUUCUCUUGAAAAUGACUGACCUCGGAAGAACGCUACAAAGGGCAGACUUCAACAAUGAUUGGGCGGAUUUGGCAGCGGGUCAUCGCAUGGACAUCAGCAAAUUGCAGAGUGAAGAUGCAGAUCGCGUUCAUUGUCUCAAUGUUGCUGGGAUCGUUCUCAAAAAUUUUCUUCUUCAACACGCCAUGGAUCUGAGGGCUUNAUAUCUUGGCCAAGAAAAACCCACUGUAUACAAUGAGGAAAUAAGAAAUUGUGUGCCCAGAUUCAAGGGCAUCAUUUUCUGUUGA